UCGCAUAAUUUAUAAUCACAUUUACUUUUAUUAUUAUAAUAAUAAUAAUGAAAUGAUUUGUUAAUUAAUUAAAUGUUGGUCUAAAAAAAAAAUCUGCCGAUUACUGAGCGACUGAUCCGUUUAGUCCACACCCCCUCAUCGGGUACUAUCAGUCGGACAAAUCACAUGUCACUUAAGGAUCCGCUUUUGGGUAGCGAUUGGUUGGCAUCGGACAGCACUACCACUACUACUUCGGGACCGAUCGGUACUGGCAUUGGUGGACAUCAACAGCCGCCACCAUCGAUAGCACACACGCUAAACGGCAUCUCAACCGUCGGUGAUGACCACAAAAGUAUAGGACUGUUGACUAAUCACUCGAUCACUGGAUCAGCAGUUGUUUGCGACAAUCAAUCAACAAUGAAUAACUAUAAUCACAGCCGAGAUAAUAGUAAUAAAGAGCAACGACUGAUGUCGGCAAUCGGUAUGUCGUCGUCUGAUUCGUCCACCGAUGACAUUGUCAUACCGAUGCAGAAACGGAAAGUUAGGACAAGAUUUACUAGAAAAAGGAGGUCCCGAUCGACUGACUCUAAUUUGUCACUCAAGAGUCGGGUAGCUCUGAGCUCGUGUCCGGCCAUUUGUAUGAAAUUUGUGCUCAUUUUGAUGAUCUUCUGUACCAUUGCUUUUACAGUCCUAUUCAUUGCCAAACUAUACGAUCGCAUCGACUCAUUGCAGACCGCCAUCAAUGACUUGUCGGUUAGUGGUAAUAGUGUACCGCAAGAGUUUCAUUCAAUACACUCGCAUUUACAGCGAUUAGACGCCAAUUUAAGUGCCAUAAAGACAGACGUCUUGCGGGCCUUUGAUAGUAUUGCCAAUCUGACCGAAGAAGUCAAACUAAUGAAACAACAGUUAAGCAAAAUAUCUGACUCUGUGGAGGCGGCGCCCGCUAUCCGACAGUUGCCUAAAGAGCUACAAGAUUUACAAAAUGUGGUCGCAAAUCUUGGCUCCCGAUUAACCACUAAUGACAACGAAGUCAAGACAAUGAAAGACCAGCAAAAUGAGCAAAAAGUGCGAACAGAUAUCAUUCAGGUGGACGUGAAUGCCAUUCACACUAAUAUUUCGGACUUAAUAAACGCUGCGACGAAAAACAACGGUAACGGAUCAGCGAAUGCGGUCAAAGUUGACCAGAAUUCCCGUCAAUUGACACACGUGUCGGACACUGUUCAACAAUUGCAACAGUUCUACACUCAACUAAUCAAUUGGAAGACAGAAACGGAUGAAAAGUUGAGAACAGUUAUGUCGUUGGCUCAACACAUACACGAUAAACUACAUAACCAGUCGCAUGUGGCCAACAACGGGGAUAAUAAUAAUAAUAGUCAUCAUCAAACAGACCAGAUUUCCGACAAAACUGUUAAUAAUGAUAAAGACAGUGACAGUCAAACCGGAACACACAAACACGUGUCACAUAAGACCACAAUCAGUGACUAUCAUGAGCUCUCUGAGCCCACUAAUGAUGGUCAUACAGUUAGUGGCGUUAAUGGCGAGCCAUUUACGGCUACCGUCGAUGCCGUUAAUCAAACAAAACCACUUAUGGCUUAAUAUAUAUUUUUUUAAUAAUUUGAUUGUUAUUAAU